AUGGCGCGGCGUCACCCCGCGGCCACCUCAGCUAAGCGCCGCGCCGCCCCUCCAAACCCUAGCCCGACCCCUCCGGCCGCCGACGGAUCGCAUCCGCUCCUCCACGCGGCUCGCCGCGGCGACCUCCGCCUCUUCAAGAGGCUGGUGAGAGAUCUGGAUAAGGGCAGGGGCCGCCACAGGGAGGUGGUGGAUGCGGCCAAGGAAGAAGGUCUCGGGGCGCUGCACUUCGCCGCCGGGAAGGGGAGGCUACGGGUGUGCAGGUACCUGGUCGAGGGGCUAGGGGUCGAUGUGGACGCCGUCGAUGACGCAGGUCGAACGCCUCUGCUUGUGGCAUUGCUUCGUGGAAUCAUGGAUACAGCCAGUUAUCUUCUUGAUCAUGGGGCAGAUCCAGGCAAGGCUGACGACGAAGGGUUUGCCCCACUUCACCAUGCUGCUACAGCAGACCGUAAAAUGGUGGAACUCUUGCUUGCAAAGGGAGUCUCUGUUGACCCAGUAUGUGUUGAUGGGACACCACUGUAUGCCGCUGCCAUUGAAGGGCAUGAUGAAAUUAUGCAAAUUUUGUUGGAGAACAACGCGGAUUGUAACAAGAAAAUACCUGGUAUUGACACCCCUCUUCUUGUUGCUAUAACUGCUCCCUCAGUGAAAUGUGUCAAGCUCCUGGUUGAGGCUGGUGCGGAUGUCAAUGACGGUAUUCUAGCCCCUUUAGUUGUUGCUGCUGAGAUGAAAGGCUCAACUGCAUGCUUGAAGUUGUUACUGGAAGCUGGUGCCGACCCUAAUGUUCCUGACCCUUCUGGUAGGUUUCCAAUAGAACUCGCUGCACAGCGCGGUACAAGGGAAGGUGUUGAGAUCUUAUUUCCUGUAACUUGUAUUCCAACUGUGCAUGAUUGGAGCGUUGACGGAAUAAUACAGCAUGCAAGAGUGUCUAGGAAACAGGGUGCACAUUCAAAUGUAAGAACAAUAGAACAGUUUAAGUUACUUGGGGUUGAGUCUCUCAAGAGAAACGAUUAUUUUACUGCGGCAACACUGUACAGCGCGGCAAUGGAGUAUGACCGUCAUGAUGCCACCUUGUUGUCGGACAGGAGCUUUUGCUGGCUCUGCCUGGGUGAUGGACAUGAAGCUUUGCAGGAUGCACUUGCGUGCAGAGAAAUGAGGCCUGGCUGGCCAAACGCCUGCUACCGGCAGGGUGAAGCACUCAUGUUAUUGAAGGACUAUGGAGGUGCAUGCGAUGCUUUUCUGGAUGCAGCCAAGUUGGACCCAGGGAGUCCUGAGAUCGAGUCUGCGUUGUGGAAGGCUAUGAAUUCACUGAAGACAUCUUGUGGCGCAACACAGGCCGUUUGA